AUGCCUAAAAAGAAGACUGGUGCUCGUAAGAAAGCCGAGAACCGUCGUGAGCGUGAGAAGCAGAUAAGGGCUUCAAGAGCCAACAUAGACUUAGCCAAACAUCCUUGUAAUGCUUCAAUGGAAUGUGAUAAGUGCCAAAGACGACAGAAGAAUAGAGCUUUUUGCUACUUCUGUAACGCUGUUCAAAAAUUACCCAUUUGUGCACAAUGUGGUAAGAAAAACCAAUGCAUGAUGAAGUCUUCAGACUGUGUUAUAAAGCAUGCUGGUGUGUACAGUACUGGCCUAGCAAUGGUGGGUGCAAUCUGUGACUUCUGUGAAGCUUGGGUGUGUCACGGGAGGAAGUGUCUCAGCACACAUGCCUGUAUCUGCCCUCUGGCAGAUGCAGAAUGCAUUGAGUGCGAAAGGAGCGUCUGGGACCACGGUAGGAGGAUCACACUUAGGAGAAAGUCUAAAUGA